AUUACUUCAACUAUUUAAAAGCUUUGGUUGGGACCAAAACCUUGCUGAACCUCACCUGAAAGCAGAAGUUUUCAUGGGGGAAUUUGUAAAACACUUAGUUCCAGGCCUGGCACUUACACUCCUUGGCCUAUGGCACACCAUCAAAACUGUCAGGGCCUACUGCCUUAAAGGCCCUUCAAAAUUUACAGCAAGGUUUUGGUAUCCAUUCGAUUGCACUGUUUCUGUACUUAAACAUCUGGAGCUCGUUUUCAUCCUGUUCUUUUCACUGAUUGCAAUCUUCAUGCAAGUUCUAGACUUGCCUUUCCUUCGCUUAGCUUUCAGGCUGGAUGAUUUUGAACAUGCGUCCAUGUUUCUUCAUCUUGCAACAUUUGCAGGCUUUACUCUUGCUGCUGAACUAACCAAUUCUUCCGGGCUUUUAUAUGGUGUAUCAGGUGUCCUUGCCGCUUCUGUUUUCAGUCAGGAGCUUUUCUGGCUUCACUUCCACUCAACUGAUCAUGUUGGAUUGGAAGGUCAUUACCAUUGGCUGCUGCAGCUCAUAGUGCUUGUUUCUCUUAUGGCUGCUGUAGCAGCCACUUCUUUCCCAACCAGUUUUCCUGCUGCUCUUGUUCUUCCAAUUUCAGUUGCGUUCCAAGGCUGCUGGUUUAUGAACAUGGGGUUCAUGCUAUGGGUUCCUGAGCUUGUUCCAAAGGGAUGCUUUACACAGUUAGCCGAAGGCAGCAGUAGCAGAAUCCAUGGAGCAGUCACCUGUGAGUCAGCUGAGGCAGAUUUGAGGGCUAGAGCACUGGCCAACUUGCAAUUCAGUUGGACACUUGCUGGAAUCUUGACGUUCACCGGAUUUACUUGCCUGAAAUUUUCCAGAAAGUGCACUUCCGGGGGACAGUGUACUGAAUAUGAGCAACUUCAUAUCAGAAACGCAGAUGUUCCUAUAAAUGCUGAUAGCUUCAAGAGAGCUGAUCCUCGAAUUACUUUGCAUUAUAUGGCUCUUGAUCUUCUUUAGAUUUCUUACCUUUAUGUUUGGUAGAUGCUUUGUUUUAUCCUUACUUUUUUUUCCGGGUUCUUGAAAUCUAUCUUGUUUAUCCAAAAAAACGAAUAUUAUUAU